AUGGAUGACUUUGAUAGAGAUUUAGAUAAUGAGUUAGAGUUUAGUCAUAAAUCCACCAAAGGGAUUAAGGUCCAUCGUACUUUUGAAAGUAUGAAAUUAAAACCUGAUCUUUUGAAAGGAAUAUAUGGAUAUGGAUUUGAAGCACCUUCUGCCAUUCAAUCAAGAGCUAUUAUGCAAAUCAUAAGUGGGAAAGAUACCAUUGCUCAAGCUCAAUCAGGUACUGGUAAAACCGCCACUUUCUCAAUUGGAAUGUUACAAGUUAUAGAUACGAAAUCAAAGGAUUGUCAAGCUUUGAUCUUGUCACCAACUAGAGAAUUAGCAGUUCAAAUCCAAAAUGUUGUGAAACAUUUGGGAGAUUAUAUGAAUAUUCAUACGCAUGCAUGUAUUGGAGGUACGCAUGUUGGAGAGGAUGUUAAGAAAUUACAACAAGGUCAACAGAUUGUAAGUGGUACUCCUGGACGUGCAUUAGAUAUGAUAAAAAGAAGGAAUUUAACUACAAGGAAUAUAAAGAUUUUAAUUCUUGAUGAAGCAGAUGAGUUAUUCACAAAGGGGUUUAAGGAGCAGAUAUAUGAGAUAUAUAAACAUUUACCACCUGGAGUACAAGUAGUUGUUGUAAGUGCAACCUUACCAAGAGAAGUUUUGGAAAUGACAAAUAAGUUUACUACUGAUCCAGUGAAGAUUUUAGUGAAACGAGAUGAAAUUUCAUUGCUGGGGAUUAAGCAAUUUCAUAUUCAAUGUGAAAAGGAAGAUUGGAAGUUUGAUACUUUAUGUGAUUUAUACGAUAACUUGACGAUUACUCAAGCAGUCAUCUUUUGUAACACAAAAUUAAAAGUUAAUUGGUUAAGUGAUCAAAUGAAGAAACAAAAUUUUGCAGUCGUUGCAAUGCAUGGAGAUAUGAAACAAGAUGAACGAGAUUCUAUUAUGAAUGAUUUCAGAACGGGGAAUUCACGUGUUUUGAUCUCUACUGAUGUUUGGGCUAGAGGAAUAGAUGUUCAACAAGUGUCACUUGUUAUAAAUUAUGAUUUACCAUCUGAUAAAGAGAAUUAUAUUCAUAGGAUUGGUAGAUCUGGUAGAUUUGGAAGAAAAGGGAUUGCAAUUAAUUUAAUUACUAAAGAUGAUAUCCCAACUUUGAAAGAUAUUGAAAAGUAUUAUUCUACGAGAAUCAAAGAAAUGCCAAUGAAUAUUAAUGAUAUUAUGUAA